AUGUAUAUAUUGGAGGAAAAGCUCAUGAGUGACUACUUGAACUAAACAGCCCAGUUUUCAGCUGAAAACGAGGGUCGCCAUCAAAUCGCAUAAAAUAUUUCAGGUCUCAACGAUUAAGGCCUCGCUAUUCAGAAUCAAAGAAGUGGAGAGAAUGAAGCCAAAAAGUCAAAGUCUAAGAAGGAUAAAAAGCAUAAAAGGAACAAGAAGGAUAAAAAAAGUAAAAAACGCAAGGACCGUGAAGAAGAUAGCCUCCUUGAUAAUGAAGAUGAUAUCAGUGUAUUAGAAGCUUAAAUCUAGAGAUUACAGUAACUAGAAGAACAAGAUCUAGCCUUCAGAACAAACCCUUGCUACUAAGAAGAUGAUCCAGCUUCUGAGCCUUUUGCUUACAGUGAUGACUAUGAAUUAGACGCUGAUGGUCAAGGCGGCAAAAAUAACAGAAACAAGAGAAAGGGCAUGGAGCAUAAAGAAAAAACUUUGAAAAAGCGAAUGAUUAAGCAUAUGGAAAAGCAAGCAUAGGAGUAAGAGGAAACUCAAAAGCUGAGCUCAUUUAAUGAAAUUUAGAAACAAACUUACCAAAAAUUAAAGAAAAAGACCGCUGACAGUCAAGCCUAAGAUGGAGAUGACUUGAACGAAGAUAAAAUUCAAUCUGAUAUUGCUAGAGCACUAUUAGAAAAGAUGUAGAGAGCUUAUGAACUUGAUAGAGAAUGCUAUAGAUAGGGUAAGCCAGGCCUACAAAAACUUAUGAUGGCUAAGGAAGUCUAUGAGUAACUCAGAAAGAUCAAUAUUCAGGAGAAUUUCUUAGAAUAAGGUGGUUGUCAUGUGCUGGGAUGCUGGCUAGAUAUGCUUCCAGAUGGCACAUUCCCUAACUUCAAUUUGGUAAAUGGGCUCUUGAACUGUAUAUCAACCCUCAAAAUCUAUACUAACUAGCUUGAAGAGAGUGGCCUCGCUCAGAAAGUCUAGCUGUAUGAGCAGGGCGCGUCUAAGCAAGCAGAAUUGCAAAGACUAGCCAAGCAUAUCAUAGACAAAUGGUCGAGGUAACUCUAUCAGAUAAAUCAAGAGUAUGACGCUGAGGGAAACUUUGAUAAGACCUACAGAAAUUAUCAAGCCAAAAUGAUCAAGAGAAAACAAAAAGUGAUAAGUAAUCUAUAGCCUGAACAUGAUUCUGAAGAUGAGCCCGCCUAAAAUGAUAUCUAGGAUAAAUCAACUGAACAGGCUUUAAAGAAAAAGAAGCAUGCUGAAGAUGAAGAGAAAAAAGAAAUCACUAGAGGAAGAAUGGGUAUCAUGCUGCCAGAAAGGAAUGCAUUUGAUUUUGUUGUGAGGCCAGAUGCUAGAGAUGUGUAACUAAAGGACAAAAAGAAAGAUGAAACUGGAAAGCAAAAGCUGUAGAAAACUUUGCUCUAACUAAAGAAACAGAACAUUAAACCUACAUCCACAAAAGGCAUGGCAACUGUAAAGAUGAGCUAUUGA